AUGAUCGAUCCCGGCUCGGCAUUCCUGGCUGGACCUCUCGGGCACCAUGCAGGCGUGCACGCGCGCUCUUUGGAGCUGUGCGGUGCCAGGGCGCCAGCAAGGGCCUUGAACAGACCUAGAUGUGGGCGGGCUGCAUCCGCUGCUCUGGUUUUGGGCGUGUUGCAUCAUUUGCAUCCGAUCCGGUCCAGGAGGAAGGGCCGGCCAAGCCGGAGCAAAGUCUCGAAAGUGGGGAGGCGGUCAGAUAGAACGCGCGAGGCCCGCGAGGCCAUCCGUCAAUGCCUUCGGGAGAACCGAACCGUUCCCGUACUCCAAGCGUUGCCGGAGGAUUCCCUGCAGCAGAUAUUGGAUUCCAUGACCCGGAUGGAGCUGGAUCCAGGGACGCAUAUCUUCCGCAGGGGUGAGCCCGUGAAUGCCGUGUAUGUGGUGGAGUCGGGCGAGCUUAGUGUUUUCAAGCUCCUUCACGAGGAUGACGACGAAGAAAUUGAAGCCACUACGCUGGGACCGGGAUCCUACAUCGGCGAGCUGGGCUUGUUCUAUGAUCGGACAUGCAUGGAAUCUGUCUGUGUUCGGGGCGAAGAGCCUGCAGCGGUCUGGCAGCUGUGCCGCAAGGACUUCUUCAGAAUCCUCGACAAGCUUGCAGAGAUGGAGGAAGUUUGUGACGUCGAUCCAAGCAUCAUGGAUGAAGAGCCGGCCGCAAUCUUUGCGGUAUCCGACGGUUCUGGCUACUCCGCGGGGGGCGCUGUGAGCUUGGCCUUGAAACAGUUUGAGUACAGGUACCGAAAAGACUGCCAGCGAGUUGGCACGACCACGUUUCCAUACAUCCGAUACAGAGCCGAGAUCCUUGAGAUCACGCGGCGCGCCAGGGAGGAGAACGCCCUGGUGGUUUACACCUUGAUGCGCGAGGAGCCUCGGGAAGCCAUCAUCGAGGAACUGCAGCGGCCGACAAAACCUGGUGAGAACGAGCUCCGCGCCGUGGAUCUUUACGAGCCAUUGCUGGCCUCCAUGGAGGAGCUGCUGGGCAUUCCCAGACAAGCGGAGGUGCGAUCGACGCUGCGCUCGCGGCUCUCGGAAGAGUGCAUCAACAUGGUGGAGGCGAUCGAGUUCACACGCAUGCUCGAUGAUGGCAUGCACCCAGAGCUGUGGUCCGAAGCCGACAUCAUACUCAUCGGCCUGUCGCGGGCAGGCAAAACACCAUUGGCGUUCUUCUUGGCCCAGCGAGGUUUCAAAGUGGCCAACUAUCCUGUCAUUCCGGAUGAAGACCCUCCGAAGGCUCUCUUUGAUCCUGAAAUUCAGCACAAAUGUAUCGCCUUGACAAUCCAAGCUCAGCGUUUGCAUGCUGUGCGCUCAGCCAGAAUGAAAGACUAUGGAAGAGAUGAGUCGAAGUAUGCGUCCAUGGAGAACUGCAAGAAGGAGGUCAACUGGCUGAAGACAUUUUACAUGCGGCAAGGGCCGCACUGGACGGUGCUGGACACGACCGACGGCGGUGUGGAAGAAACCGCUGCAAAGGUGCUCAAAAUCCUACAAGAGCUGAAGGGCGCCGACCAUGCCAACGAAAAAAUGUUCAGAAAUCCCUCCAUGGAGUGA